AUGGAGAAAAAUUACCGGAAAUCGUCGGAUGAAAAUUCACGGGAUGGGUCGGAAAAUGAAAUUUCUGUCCGUCACAUAAUUUUCCUCAAUCGUUCUUCGUCUUCGAAAUUCAAAUCGAAAAAAAAAAUUAAUUUAUCAGAGCCGAAAAAGGAUAAGACUGAUCAGGCAAAUGGAUCCGUGUCGAUAAAUCCGGACGAGGGAGGAGGACAAGAUCAGGUGCCUUCAGUAACGGAAGCUCAACCUAAACCGGAGCGUCCGUCCUCGUUGGGACCGGGAAAGCUCACGAGAAGACUGCUUUGUUAUCACAACGAUCAUUGCAUGUCGCAUAAUUCACCGACGAAAGGAACGUCGUCAUCUCCCACUUCUCCGGAUGCUCCACCGAAAAUAGCGUUUCAAAAUUUAACAGGUAGAGGAACUCCUCCACCGGAUAGAACUAACACUUCUAAUGCUUUAACUUUGUCAGAGUUACCGGAGCCUCCGAUACCUGUUUCAGAAAUUGGUCCAAUUCCUCCGCCUCCAAUGUUUAGUUCUCCGAGUCCGACAUUGUUAUUGCGACAAGACACCGGAAUUCAUAAUGUCGUGUCACUAGAUUUGCCGGAUUAUAGCUACGAAGGACCUGAUGACGUCGAAACGGAUCCCGACGAUCUCGAAUCGGAGGACGUUGACAAUAUGGUAUUUAGAUUUCCUCAACCGGAUCCGAAUAUUGACACGUCGAGGGUUGAAGAAAUCCCGGCAAAAGAACCCAAAUUUCACGCCAUGCCCUUAAAAUCAGCAUUGAAAAAAAAGGGAAACUCAGGAGGCGGAGGUUCGGGUCAAGUUACGUCAUCACAAGGUACUCCUACCCAGGAAAAUCGUCCGUUACAAAUUCGGCAAGAACAUUAUAUCUCGUUUAACCGGCCCGUUAAAUUUGGUAUACCUCUUCCGUGCACCGUCGAAAACAAAGAAAAUGCGAGACCCUUCAUAAUAAGAGAAGAUUCCGACGGGGAUUCCGGUGACGGACCCAUUUUGUACAGAGACGAAGAAGAAAACGAAGAAAGUCGACUGGCGGCGAAAAUAGCAAGGAAAGAUAGUUUAGCUUUAAAAUUAGCCCUACGUCCCGACCGUCAAGAAUUGAUCGAUCGAAACAUAUUACAAGUUCAAUCGGAAAAGGAAAGGUUGGAAAGUAAGGAGGCCGUUGGUGCGAGGCUCAUAAGGCGUUUGAGCAUGAGGCCGACGGCGGAAGAACUCGUCGAUAGAAACAUAUUAAAAACUCAAACCCCUGCCGAAGAGAAAAAAUCUAAAGAAGAAAAGAAAAAAAUGCUUUUGAGAAAACUCAGUUUCAGGCCGACGGUGGAAGAGCUCAAAGAGAAAAAGAUAAUUAGAUUUAACGAUUAUAUCGAAGUGACUCAAGCUCACGAAUACGAUAGAAGGGCAGACAAACCGUGGACGAGACUCACGCCCAAAGAUAAGGCAGCCAUAAGAAAAGAAUUGAACGAAUUUAAAAGUUCGGAAAUGGAAGUUCACGAAAGCAGCAGACAUUUGACCAGGUUCGACGGAAUUCGAUUAUAA